AUGUUCUCGAGCAAAGUAGUAAAGUCGUCGUCGGCUACCACGCCAAUUAUUCAGUUGCAGUAUAAAGGAUCUAAAGGAACGGGUCCCGAUUGGUUGCCUUUGAAACAGGAUUGGAGCAAAAGGUUUUGUAUCCUUCCGGAACAAUAUACCGAAGAUUUUGCAAGGCGUAUAAAUGAGUUUGCAACGAGAGACGGCGAUGUUUAUGUGGUGACAUUUAUGAAGAGUGGAACAACCUGGAUGCAGGAGUUGGCCUGGCUCUUGUUGAAUAAUCUGGACUUUGACAAAGCUAAUAAGAGCCACACUGUAAGACGAUGUCCCUAUAUAGAGCAUUCCGUUAUAAGAAACAAUCUUCAUGUGGAUAGUAUUUCAGUGUGCGAUCAGAUGCAGGAUAAUCCUCGUUUUAUCAAAUCGCACCUUCCCGCACAACUUUUGCCGCGACAAAUUUGGGAAAAUAAACGAAAAAUCAUCUACGUGGCCCGUAAUCCCAAGGAUGUUGUCAUAUCAUCCUUUUACUUUCUCACUAAACUCAACCUUUGGCAGGGAAAUAUGGAUGAUUAUAUAGACGAGUUUAUCACAGAUCGGAUUUAUUACGCAUCAUACUGGUCGCAUGUUUUGGACUUUUAUCGAAUGCGUAACGAAAGUAAUGUCUUCUUUGUCACCUUUGAGGAGAUGAAACAGGAUCUGAAGGAUGUCAUUGAGAGACUAUCUAGGUUUUUGGACUGUAAAGUCUUGAGUGAAAUGGAAAUUAAUAUGCUGGUAAAACACUUAUCAUUCGAUCAAAUGAAAGAAAACCAGUUUAAUAAUCCCACGGCAUUGAUUAGGACUGCUUUUGAGGCAAAAGAGGAUUUUAAUUUUAUGCGGCGUGGCAUUGUGGGAUCUUACAAAGAUGAACUAAGCUCGGAGCAAAUAAGUAAAUUGGAUAGAUGGACUCAAGAGUAUUUACAAGAAUAUGGAUUAAAUGAAUCUGAUAUUUUUGGAAAUAUAAAAUAAAAUUAAAUUAAACAAGAGAGAAAGCCAAUUUUCGAACGGCGAUGAUUUGAUAUCUUUUGCAGUUUGAAAUUGUAGUAAAAUUUAUAAAUUAAUCAUUAAAUCUAUUACAGCUCUCGCUGUUUUAUUUUUCCUUAGCAUAUUAAAAACGGAAAAUAACUAUAUGUAUAUAAAUUAAUUUUUUUUUAUAAAUUCUUAUAGUAAACAAUUGUACAAAUUUGCUAAUAAAUCACAGGAUUUUGCUCUUUA